ACUGCAUUCCCCAAACCGGCAGUGCGAAGCUACUGCGGUUUCUCUUAAUCUCAGCAUCGUGGGGUGAAGCAGAGCCUUUGUGCAUCAGAGAGCCCAGUGCCAGCGCUGCUGCCUCGGGUACCUAACCCAGCAGACCGGUCACCCUAUCGGCUGGAAUGCUUGCUGACUCCCCUGCAAAUUUCUAAGGCCAGCACCCCCCCCCUCCCCGGAAGCCAGCUGAAGAAUGCCGUCAGAACGCUGCCUCAGUAUUCAAGAAAUGCUGACAGGCCAGAGGCUCUGCCACUCCGAAUCUCACAAUGACAGUGUCCUGGCAGCACUGAACCAGCAGAGAUGUGAUGGCAUCCUCUGCGAUGUCACCCUGAUUGCUGAGGAACAGAAAUUCCACGCUCACAAGGCAGUCCUUGCAGCAUGCAGCGACUAUUUCCGGGAAUUAAAUAGCUUUAAUUACUUGGAUCUGUACAGACUUGCUGACCUCUUCAACCUCACUUUGUUGGAGAAGGCAGUGAUCGAUUUCUUAGUGAAGCAUCUGUCUGAACUCCUGAAGAGUCGCCCUGAAGAUGUUCUAACGCUUCCUUAUUGUCUGCUCCAGGAGGUCCUCAAGAGUGACCGCCUCACUUCCCUGAGUGAAGAGCAGAUCUGGCAGCUAGCUGUGAGGUGGUUGGAACACAACUGCCAUUACCAGUACAUGGAUGAGCUCCUUCAGUACAUCCGCUUUGGCCUCAUGGAUGUGGAUACUCUCCAUACAGUGGCCCUGUCCCACCCCCUGGUCCAAGCCAGUGAGACUGCAACAGCCCUUGUCAACGAGGCCCUGGAAUACCACCAGAGUAUCUAUGCACAGCCCGUCUGGCAGACUGGGAGGACCAAACCACGGUUCCAGUCAGACACACUGUAUAUCAUUGGUGGGAAAAAGCGUGAGAUCUGUAAAGUCAAAGAACUUCGCUAUUUCAAUCCUGUGGAUCAGGAGAACGCACUCAUCGCCGCGAUUGCCAACUGGAGCGAACUGGCGCCCAUGCCUGUGGGAAGGAGCCAUCAUUGUGUGGCUGUCAUGGGAGACUUUCUGUUUGUCGCAGGAGGGGAAGUUGAGCACGCCAGUGGCCGGACAUGUGCCGUGAGGACUGCCUGUCGCUAUGACCCCCGUAGUAAUUCCUGGGCAGAGAUAGCACCCAUGAAAAAUUGCCGGGAGCACUUUGUGCUGGGUGCCAUGGAAGAGUACCUCUAUGCGGUUGGGGGCAGGAAUGAACUUCGCCAGGUUCUGCCUACAGUCGAGAGAUACUGCCCCAAGAAGAACAAAUGGACGUUUGUGCAGUCCUUUGACCGGUCCCUUUCAUGUCACGCUGGCUAUGUGGCUGAUGGUCUUCUUUGGAUAUCAGGUGGGGUAACUAACACGGCACAAUAUCAGAACAGACUGAUGGUAUAUGAACCUAACCAGAAUAAGUGGAUAAGCCGUAGCCCCAUGCUGCAGAGAAGGGUCUACCAUUCCAUGGCUGCCGUUCAGAGAAAGCUUUAUGUUCUUGGAGGCAAUGAUCUCGACUACAAUAAUGACCGGAUCCUUGUGCGGCAUAUAGAUUCUUAUAACAUAGACACUGACCAGUGGACACGCUGUAAUUUCAACCUGUUGACGGGCCAAAAUGAAUCUGGAGUUGCUGUCCAUAAUGAGAGAAUAUAUUUAGUCGGAGGGUAUUCGAUUUGGACAAAUGAACCUCUGGCUUGUAUCCAGGUACUGGAUGUAAGUAGGGAAGGCAAAGAAGAAGUAUUCUAUGGGCCUACACUUCCCUUUGCUUCCAAUGGAAUAGCAGCAUGCUUUCUGCCAGCUCCUUAUUUCACGUGCCCUAACCUUCAAACUCUACAAGUGCCUCAUCACAGGAUUGGCACCAUCUGAACAGCCAAUGCUCUGCUAACCUUUAUCAUGAACAAGGGCAAAAUCAAAAGCUUGACUUUGGCUACUGGGCUCAGUGCUCCACAACUCAUUCUCAAUGCUUCCUUGUCUUGUUUUUCUAGGGUUUAUGUUCAAAUAAACAUUAGCAAAAAAGAAACAAUUUUUAAAAAAAUGCUAUUCACAACUCUGUUAAACUUAUCAGUGUAUGUCAAAAUACAUCAUGUGUGACUUUGUGAUGUACUUUAGUGAUUACUGACUGACGUAUUAUUGUUCCAAUGGUCUUUAGACAUUCUUUGAACUUUUUCUAAUCAGUGUUGUCUAAGAUAAAAUGACACUGUUGGUAAUGCAACUUAUUUCAUACUAGUGGCAUCAAUAAUCUUAUAAAAAUAACCUCAAUACCUAAUCCCUUCACUACUU